AAUUUACAAUAACAUGAUAUCAAAGCCGGUCUGGGUCUGACUCCCUCAUGGGGGCCCAGGAUUUUGAGAGGUUUUUUUUUUUCAUGUUUGUAAUUUGCGAUUAUUUUUGCGUGAGAUAAAAUUUCAAGGGUUUCUUCGUUCUUGAAGAUCACGAAUUUUUUUUAGAUUUUUGCAAAUUUCGGCUUCAUUGCAGAUUCGUGGGUGUGCUUUCCAGAGCAUUGUGAAGGAUUUUUUUGUUAAAAAUCGCGACCCUUUUUUAAUUAAAAGUUUGGGACCCCUUGUUUCAAGUAGCAUCAAAGGGUCUAUGAGCCGCAAUUUUUUAGGUGUCGUAGAUGGUUUGGAUACUUGCGAACCACGUGGAUCUGUUUUCUUCUAUCGCGACGUUUUUUUUUUCUGCAUGGCCUGCAGCUAAGGUUGUGCUAUCCGUGGGUUUGCUCGGCUGUUUUUUGACUGAGUAUUUCUUCCACAUGUUGUCUACGCUUCACGUUUUUUCGUGGCCACGACUUCUGUUAGAAAGCCAUAUAAAAAGACUCGACGAGGACUUGCUUCAGUUUGCAGAGGACCUAAAGCAAGAAGGGAAAAUAGGCCCUGAUGAACCUGCAAUUCUUCCACCAAUCAGCUCAAGGGAGGAAAGGAGGAAAAGUUACUUCUUUACACAACAAGCUAGGAAGCUUGAAUUAAAAACUGAAAGAGAAUGGGAAAAGGAUCGAGAUAGGGAUUUUGAGCUCAUGCCUCCUCCAGGUAGUCACAGAAGGACCAUUCCUGCUCCUGUCGAUGUAGAUCAGCCCAUUGAUCCCAAUGAACCCACAUAUUGUGUCUGUCAUCAGGUUUCUUUUGGAGAUAUGAUUGCCUGUGAUAAUGAGAAUUGUGAAGGUGGAGAAUGGUUUCAUUAUGCAUGUGUUGGUUUAACCCCAGAGACUCGCUUUAAGGGGAAGUGGUACUGUCCCACAUGCAAAAUGCUGCCGCGGAAGGUUGCUUCAGACCCUUCCAUAUGAAAGAAAUAGAUAUAUUUCUCAUAAAAAGUGCAGAUGAUUUAAAAACCUAAAAUGGCAAAGAGGCUAUAUAUAUAUAAUGUCUCCCUUUUUUUAAGUCAUGUCAGAGCCACAAAUGAUUUUAGUUUUUUCUGGAUUUAUGGAAAGUUGGUAUCAUUUUCAAAGGUGCUGCAGGUUGAAAUCUCAAAGAUUAUGGAUAUAUUUUGAAUCUUUCAAAAUGAUGAGACUAUUUUGAACUGGCAGGAUAACAUAUUGAUGAACAUAAGAUUUUCAGUCCAUGGAUAUAAUGUAAAACAACUGUGGAGUUUUUGCAUUAACUUUUUAGAUCAAACUCUUUGAUCAAUUAUCAGGAUGAGAAAGACUGGUAAAAGAAAUGUAGAAAAAGUCCCAUUGGGAGUAUUUUCUCACAAAGAUAACAUAUUAUUUCAAGAAAAGUCUGAUUUUAUAAAUCAAAUAUAUAUUUUUGAUUGGCUAAGAACCUUGUACAUGGCAUGUGGCUGCCAAAAUGUAUAAAAUUUUUCUCCAGUAAAUUUUUUAUAGAACAUGAUGUUAUAUGUUGGGCA